AUUUUGACGUAAUUUCCUCGUUAGAAUUCGGGACUUCUAAUCGCCUUUUGGUCAGAUUUGGCCCGUGGUCGCGGCAGUUUCCUGAUCGGCCACCAGCAGUUGCGGGUUUCCGGCGGUGGCGGGAAACGCGCAGACAAUUUUUCUAUGGAGCGUUUGGCAGAAUCAAGUGGAAGGAAGAGUCAGCCACUUCAAAUAGUUCUAGAAAUGGAGAAUUCCUAGAGCGAGGAAAAUACAUCUGCCCCUGACGGAGAAGUGAUUCUGAAGUUAAUCUAGAUCUACCAUGUCGACCUGCACGUCAAGCUGAGUCUAAGUUCUUGAUUGGUUCCAAAUUUCUCCCGAAAAUUCUCUAUCCCCUCUCUCUGGUAUCCUCAGUGACUGCUGCCCUCAGUCAAAGAAGGGGGAUUGAACUCUUCCAGAGCGGAAUUCGUCAUGGGCGCCAACGACCAAAAUCUGUUCAGAGAAUCUUCUCAGGUGAGCUCCCGUCUCGUUGGUCUACAUGCGGCACAUUUCCUCCAUCUUAUCCAAAUUCAGCCCGCAGCGGAACUCUGCGAUCACUUGGAGUUAGCUUCUCUUGUCCAGUGGUUAGAGUACGAAACCACUUAAUCAGAAGUAGGCACACGAUUCUGCCCCUACGAUCGGGAUGUUGGAAAAUACCGUUUCUCGUUGACAAGUUCGAUCAGUGACGGCUGACGACGAAGCAAGUCAUGAGGAUGGCCGGGUUAACCAUAUCCAGGCGAGUGGGGCUAAAUUUGAAGCUCAAGAUUCCAGGCUCGGCUCGCAGUAGUUUCUGUGAAGCUACCGACCGAGUCACCGCAAUUUCGAGAUCCAGAGCCUACAUCUUGACGCUGUCAAAAGACACGAACAAACUGCCGCAAGCUGCCAUACCACGAGUUCAACCUCCCCGGAAUGAAGAGACAUAAUAGGAAGGUGCCAGAGCCUGCACAAUUUUCCUGCAUCUCCAAGCUAAUGUCUCGUAGCACAAUUGCGUGCAUGACUCGCUUUCACACUUAUCUGUACCGCUGUGUACGGAGAGGAGUCACGUGAAAGCAAGACUCUCUCUCUCCCUCCUCGUGUUGCAGUCCAGAUUUUCUUUCGUCACUUCCUCGCCUCCUGGAGAUGUGGAUUCCACAGGGAGAGAUGGUAGGCACGAAGAAGGAACUCUGACCGGGGCACGAAACCCUCACCCGGGCGAUGUUGUGGAAGUCGUUGGGCCUAUCCAUCCCGUUUUAUAUCGCGAGUUCGUGCCCCAAUUGAGGCGACUGCCGAAGCGAAAAGCGCACCCCGCUGCGAUUGCACCGACUCUGCGACGGCUUUUGAUGCCGGGGUGACGCCGACGGGACCGCAGCUGGAGUGGAGUGGGCAGAGAGUGUAGGUUUGGGGACGGCUGAGGCUGAGGGAGUGGCCUUGUCUUGCCCUCUUGGGUUGGCUUGCACCGAGACCUCCGUUUCGAGGGACAAUGAUCGGCAGGGUCAACAGCGGCUGCGCGUUGCGUGCCGCUUUUGCAGUCGGGAGACAUGCGCAUUCCGAUUAUAGGGGCGAGAGAAUAUAAAAGUGAACCCGGUUUCGCUAGGCGACAGUGUGGUUGAAGGUCCUGGUUUAGGCCGACUGCACUGGCGCUGUGGUACAUGAGCAUUCGAACAGUGGGGGACAACAUGCUCGACGUUCGCUUUCUUCGCUGCUUCUCUUUUUAGACCCCUUGAUUCGACUGUCACAUCCAAGGCUUCGGGCGUGUACAUUCUAUGCAGUCGAGCGAGUGCCUGAUCAACUGACUGGUCAUCCGUCGCGCUGACGGCAAUUCGCUGCUCUUCGUCCUCCUCUUACAGCACCGCUGUCGAUAACGAAUUGAUGCUGUGCUCAGCUCUGCUCUUCGCUUCUCCUCUCUCCCUGCUCCCUUCCUCCGCUUUCUUCCCUGGUUUUUGAGCUCCCAAUGGAUCGCCUAACGCGUCAAGGUAGUUUCCUUCAUCGAAUGUCACGUCAAGAUACUUUUCGAGUGCUAAAGGAUGAGCUACUUAUCAAGCUUCCUCCCCCAGCUCCCCAUGAUGUCAUGCAUGACAAGAAGCUGGCUCUUCUGGCGAAACGUAGUCUGUCUUUGUCUUACGACCUCAAAGAACUCAAAGGUCAACAAAUAGGUGAAAAGUGGGUGGAGAGAUUGAUUGAAGCGGCGCGUAUCCUACAGUUGACAGAAACGGAGUGGUACUUCGUGGAGGAUGAUGACAAAGGUCCAUUUAGUCCACGUAACGAGAUAGAAGCUUUGCACGCUCUUGAGCUGAACGUCCGGGGCCUUCUUAUGACUGUGGCUGCGGAACCUGAAAGUCCACUAUUUAACCUUCACAAGCUGGUUUUGGAACGUCUCAAUGGUUUGAAAAGUGAUAGCACGGCUCCUAGCAAGAAUGUGAGCGAGAUAAAUGCACGGCUUUCGACUUGGGCAGCUGAGCAGGGCAUCAAGAGCAUGAUAUAUGCUGCUGAGUUUGAAGGAUUUGGAAGAGGUGGCGCCGCGUCGACAAAUCUACAAACGGGUGAUCUUGUCAUAGAGAUUCCUCAGGAUGCGCUUAUAAGUGAGGACGUAGCCAUGGAGUCUGAUAUGGGUCCUGCUUUGAAGGAGACUCCAGAAUUGACCGGAGAAACAAUGGUCUUGCUUUGGAGCAUGAGAGAAAGACAUGACGAAAAGUCAAAGUAUGCUCCUUAUUUUGCCGCACUCCCGGAGACUUUUCACACAGGACUGGGAUUUGGAAUUGGUGGUCUGAAAGAACUGGAGGGUACCCUUGUUGCUGACGAAAUCAUUCAAGCCCGGGAGCAUAUACACAAUCAGUACGACUCUUUGUUUCCUGCCCUGAGUGACAAAUAUCCCACAAUAUUUCCGGAGAAAUAUUUUACCUGGGAGUGCUUCCUCUGGGCUUGUCAGCUCUGGUACUCGUAUGGGAUCAAAGUGAAAUUUCCAAGAGGAACUAUUCAGACUUGUUUGGUACCUGUGGCAAGCCUCCUUAAUCACUCGAUUUCUCCACAUGUUACCCAUUUUAGCAGAAUCAACGAAAGCAACAACACUUUACAACUCUUUGCUCUGCGGCAGUGCAAGGCUGGGGAGCAGUGCUUUUUGAGUUACGGGUCCCUUCCGAAUUCUGAGCUUCUUACCUUUUACGGAUUUCUCGUGAAAGACAACCCUUAUGAUAUCAUACCAAUUGAUCUGGACUUGCCCAAUGAGAUUCCAGAGCAGGUUGAAUUGAUCGAGAAGUAUGAUGUUUUAUCCUAUCACAUGGUUAGGGGAUUCCAUCCGCUGCCCACACAACUGGUGGCAGCUUUGCGAGUAGCCUGUAUGGAGGAGGAUGAGAUUGCUUCUUUCAAAGCAGAUCCUAGGACUGUGAUGAUUAGCGAAAGGAAUGAGAGAGAUGUAUACGAAUCCUUAUUAUCAACUUUUGAUUCUCUCCUGGAGCCAUUGGAGCAACAGGAUGACUCAUCUCCGGAGGAUACAGAAGAAACAGAUCCUUCAGAUUGGGAUGUUCUGCUAGCGAAACAAUACAAGGAAGGUCAAAGAAGAGUUUUAGAAUCUGUCAAAAGUGAAUGCAUCAGUAAACUGAGCUCUCUAUGACAUUUAAGAACCGCAUUACAAAUGAAAAAGCCAACUAUGACGUAGAAGCGAUUUGCACGUACUUCUUAGCAUGACUUCCAUGAUCGUACAUGUACAAAGUCCGCUUUAACACUCAUGACCAGGAAUAGAUCGUCUGUUUUUUAUUGAGGUCUGUUAGCUCGUGUCUCUUUGCGAAGAACGCAGUGAUAGUCAAUUAGAUGUGCCCAAGAAAGAUUUGUAGAAAAAGCAGCUAGGAAGUCAUGUACUCAUUACAUAGCUCUCUUUGUACACUUAUUUUUAUUGCUCGUGAAUUCGCGUUUAAAGAGUUUCAGAGCAGAAAGUUGCCUAAUUUGGAAAUGCUGGCC